AUGUAUGCUGGCACAGACCAAAUCCUAUGGUCAGCUGCCACCGCUUCUGGCCCAGUAUCCAUAGUGAAUGGCAUCCUCCUUGCUGGAUCCACAAAUGGACGAGGAACAUAUGCAAUGGACGCUGUCUGGGAAAAUCCUAUGGUCAUACAACACAGGAGCGACUGUGUUUGGAGGUGCCUCUAUUCAAGUUGGAAUAGUAUAAGUCAUGAGUAUUCACACCAAGAGCCAGCAGAUUGGCUAAACCAUGGAGGAGAUUUGUACAACAGAAGAUACGCCAGCAGUGAGACCAAGAUCAGCCCAGAAACUGUUUCCAAGCUAAGUUUGAAGUGGGAAUUCUACGCAGGGCAAGACAUAACUGCUACACCAGCAAUCUUCAACGGUACCCUUUAUUUCCCAAGCUGGAAUGGGUACCUCUAUGCAGUUAAAGCAACAGAUGGAUCUCUUGUAUGGAAGCAGAACCUACAGAUGUUAACUGGCCUUAAUGGAACCGGUUUGAUUGUUAAUGUCAACUGGACAGUGUCAAGAUCGACUCCAACAAUGGCUGAUGACAUGCUCAUCGUUGGAAUCUAUGGUCCUGCUGUUGUCAUUGCCGUUGAGCAAGCAACAGGAAGGCUUGUAUGGUCUACUAGGCUGGAUAGCAAUCCUACAGGUAUUGUUACCAUGUCUGGAACAUUUCACAAGGGAGCUUUCUAUGUUGGAACAUCCUCAGUAGAAGAAGAACUCAGCAUUGAGCAAUGCUGUGUCUUCCGUGGUAGCCUCUCUAAAUUAGACAUCAAAACGGGUGUCAUACUGUGGCAGACCUUCACUUUGCCAGAUAAUCAUGGCAAGAGAGGAGAGUAUGCUGGAGCGGCUAUCUGGGGAAGUAGCCCUUCCAUAGAUGUCCGGAGAAAUCUUGUAUAUGUUGCCACUGGUAACUUAUAUUCAGCUCCUUUGAACAUUCGAGAAUGCCAGGAACAGCAGAAUAAUCAAACUGCCCCCACUCAAACUGACCAAUGCAUUGAGCCCGAUAACCACUCCAAUUCAAUCUUAGCAUUUGAGUUAGACUCUGGCAAGAUCAAGUGGUACAGGCAACUAGGAGGCUAUGAUUUGUGGUUCUUUGCAUGUAACAAUCUUUCGACCCCUAAUUGCCCACCUGGCCCUAGCCCAGAUGCUGAUUUCGGGGAGGCACCAAUUAUGCUGAGCAUAAAUCUAAAUGGAACCAUGUGGGAUGUUGUUUCUGCGGUUCAGAAAAGUGGGUUUGCAUGGGCUCUAGACCGUUAUAAUGGUAGCCUUGUCUGGUCCACUGAGGCAGGACCUGGAGGCCUUACUGGAGGAGGCACAUGGGGAGCAGCUACUGACAACAAAAGAGUCUACACCAACAUUGCCAAUAGUGACAGUAAGAACUUCACUCUCAAACCAUCUGAGAAAAACACAACUGCCGGUGGAUGGGUGGCAAUGGAUGCCAGCACUGGCAAAAUACUAUGGUCCACAGCUGAUCCUAGCAAUGCCACCUCCAAUGGUCCUGUGACCAUUGCUAAUGGUGUCCUCUUUGGUGGAUCAACACAUCCAACAGGACCAAUAUAUGCCAUGGAUGCCAGGUCUGGGAAAAUCCUAUGGUCACACAACACUGGAGCCACUGUGUAUGGGGGCAUCUCAGUGAGUAAUGGAUGCAUCUAUCUCGGGAAUGGAUAUAAGGUCAAUCUUGGAUCCUUUACUGCAUCCUUUACCAAUGGAACCUCACUUUUUGCCUUCUGUGUCUAA